UGUUGCAGAUAUGUAGAUACCAUUUCAAUUCAGGAAAAUUGUACAAUCGUGUGUCAACUAUGUUUAACAUAUUGUCAUUCUUUUUCAUAAUAUUUCAAUAUUUAUUAACAUAUUCAGAGAAUAAAAUUCUUCAAGGACAACUUAUAACACGUGAAAAUUGGGCAUUUUUAGCAAGAUUUUGCUUCUUAACGGAACAAGGUAUAUUUCGAUAUAAAUUUGAAUUAGGAGGGGGAGAAAAAGAUUUAAAAAUAUUAUUAUAUUAUGAUGCACCUGAUCAAUGGCCAAGCAUUUAUCCUUCAAAUAAAACAUGCAUUGAAAAAGAAUCUAUACUUUGGCAUGGAAUUGGUCAAAUAAUACCACUAUCUACAGUAACAUUUGAAGAAUCGGGAUGCAUCGAAAAAGAUGCUAUAAUACGAUGUUCCAGUAAUCGUAGAUUUCGAUCAUCUCGUCCAAGAUGGUGGUUCAUUGCAUUAGCAGAUUGUUCUUCAAAAAGCGGAUUAAAUAUCUCAUAUUGGAUAUCGUUAACAAAUGCACCACAUGAGAAUUUCUGGAAAGAACACUUUUCAGCAGAUGAAUUUUAUAUACUGCCAGAAUUAUUAAUUAUUGCUUUUAUUUAUGUGAUACUUGUAAUAUUAAGUUUUUAUUUAGCUAUGCAACUAAGAGCAAGAAGAUUAUUACAUAUAUCUUAUAAAAUAUUUAUGGCUUCAUUACUUUGUCAAUUAGUGGGAGUAUUAUUUGAAAUUUAUAGUUAUAUAAAUCUUGGUUUGAGAGGAAUAUCAAUAGAAAGUGCUUCUUUAUUUGGUCAACUAUUAGAAGCAUGUUCAGAUAUUUUAUAUACUGUACUUAUGUUAUUACUAGCACUUGGUUUUACAGUAACUAAAAGUGUUUUAACAUCAAAACAAAUUCGAUGGCUUGUAUGUUUUAUUUGCUUGAUUUCUUUUUGUCAAUUUUCAUUGUAUAUUUAUCAAUCUGAUAUCUUUGAUCCUGGAUUGGUAUUGUAUAUUUAUGAGUCACCACCAGGCUAUGGAUUAAUAAUAUUAAAGUUGAUUGCAUGGAUUAUAUUUUCUCUUCGUUGUUUUAAGACUGUUAGAAAAAUGUCAACAAAACUUCACUUUUAUGGUUCAUUAUUUUCAUUGGGAUCAGCAUGGUUUUUAUGUCAUCCAUUAACGGUACUCUGUAUUACUUUAUUAGUAGAUGAAUGGAUAAGAGAAAGUGUUGCUAAAGGCUGUUCAUUAUGGACUGUUUUUAUGGGGCAUAUAGUAUUUUUAUAUAUCACUAGGCCAUCUAUGGCUAAUAAACGUUUUCCAUUUCAUAUCAGAACAUGUCAAGUUAUGCCAAUUGGUGGUGAAGGACAAGAUCACAGUUAUGAACCCAAUAUUAGAACAGCAAGUUCUGCAUUCACUAUUUCACAUUUAACACCAUCUAUUUUACAAUCUUAAUAAUAAGCAUAUACCUUAAAAUAUAUGACCUAUGUAAUUAUAA